AUGAGAAAGAAAAAACUUGCUGAUCCAACAUUGUACAUGAAGAUUGUUGAAAAACUUCAGUACCUAACAAUCACAAGACCAGAUAAUUCCUACUCAGUGAAUAAGCUGAGUCAUUUUCUAUCCACACCUCGAGUCACACAUUUGCAUGUUGCUCAAAGGGUUCUACAAUAUGUCAAGAGUUGCCCUGGAAAAGGAAUCUUUUUUGCUACAAAUACAGAAGUCAAAUUACAUGCCUACACUGACUCAGAUUGGGCAGCCUGCCCAGAUACAAGGAAAUCAACCACUGGUUUCCGUAUUUUUGUUGGAUCAUCCAUCAUCUCAUGGGAGAACAAGAAGCAACACACUAUUUCAAGGUCUUCUGCAGAAGCAAAAUACAGAGCAAUGGCUAACACCACUUGUGAAGUGGUUUGGCUUCUUUCUGUUUUGAAGGAAUUGAAGGUUGAACAUGAAAGGCCUGCAGUAUUAUAUUGUGAUAACAAAUCUGCCUAG